AUGGCCGCGCGCAGCAGCACCAUGAUCCUGAACAGAGCUCUCCGCACCCAGCGCACAGCACAGAUGCCCCGCGCAGCAUUGCGGCUCUACUCAACAUCAGUAGAUGGCGAGAAGAGACCGUCCAUUGUGGGAACAUUUUACAAAACGUUUACCCGGCCUGUCCUCAAAGUUCUUCUGAUGGCGACCCUCACAUAUCAAAUCGCCUACUGGACCUGGACGAAGCUUGAACAGGACGAAAUCCGCGGCGAGAAGAGUAAGGAGAUUGAAGGUCUCGAGGCGAGGGUCGCAGAGCUGCAGGCAGGGAAGGAGAGGAAGGCCUAG